AUGGCCAGCAAGAGAGCGGCCAGCCCAGCGGUUGUGCCGGGACAACCAGCUGCGAAGCUCCAACGGCUCACCCCCGGACCUCAGGGGGCGCCGGCAUCGGUGAAGCUCCUGUCGCAGAGAGAAAAGCUGCCCACUGUGCAGUACCGGAAUGGGCGGCCGCUGCGGGACCUGCUGGCACACUUCAAUGCUGGACGCACGCGGGUCGAGGUGAUCAUCCCAGCGGACGACUGCACGGGCCACAACAAACAGGUCAAGUCGCGGCAGCUGUGGGGUGACGGCGUCUACACUGACGACAGCGACAUGGUGGCGGUGCUCAUGCACAUGGGCUACUACGCAGCAAACACCGCCGCAAACCCGCCGCAGGUGCAGUCGUUCCACGCGGUGGUGCAGCUGCUGCCGCCGCAGGAGCGCUAUCCCAGCAGCCUGCGCAACUCGGUGCGCUCGCGCGCGUGGAUGGCUAAGGUGGAGGGCUGCUCGUUCAAG